UUCUUCACCUCAACCUUUCGUCAGCUUUUACAAAGCCUACUCCAUAUUAAAAAGACAACAACACAUUGGUAUUGUCUUCAUCCCAAAGAAAGUUGAAGAUUCAGAUUCUUGAGUUUUGUUUUCCUGAAUUGUAAGAAAUGGUGAAUCAUCCACUUCAGUCUCCGGCCAAUCCACAUUUCUUCCAGCCACUUCUUCCCGGUUCCGAGACUCACCUCUCAAUACCUGUUACAUUCUUCUCAAAGCACAUUGAAGGGAAAAACGAGCAGAAAACGGCGAGACUUAUAUCGGACGCUUCUGAUAGAAUUUGGCAAGUGAAAAUGGAUGGCCGGAGACUCACUGAAGGCUGGAAAGAGUUUGCAACAGCACAUAAUCUUCAAAUCGGCGACAUCAUUAUUUUCAAACACCAAGGGGACAUGUUGUUUAGUGUGACACCUUUCGGUCCUAGUUGCUGUGAAAUUCAGUACGUACAAUGUCUCAUCAAAAAGGAGGACGACAAUGUCCAUGACGAUGAAGACGACAUGGAGAAUCAGCACAACUCUAGAAAGGGUUUAAGGCAGAAGAAUCUGAAACCCAAAACAGAGCUAAAAUUAUCUUUAUCAUACGAUUACUGUUUUGUAGCAAACGUCACUGCUUCAAACCUAAAAUUUGACACAAUGAAUCUUCCAAAGAAAGCUUCUAGCUCCAAAGCUUUGAACAAGAGAUGUCACAAGAUAAUUUUAGUGAACAAAGAGGGAAACUCUUGGACAUUGAAUUUGAGAUUUAGAGAAUCAGAAGGAAGUUAUUACAUUAGAGGAGGCUGGAAAAGAUUCUGUUCUGAAAACAGACAAAAAGAAGGAGAUUUAAUCACGUUUAAUCUAGUUGGAGACGGGAGAUCUACUCCAAUGCUCUGUAUCUGUCCAGAAGAAGCAUGUUCGGAGCUAAUGGGCAUAGCGAGAGGGAAGAAAAAGACGAAGAAGCGUCGUAUGUGGGUAGCUUCAUCAUCUUCAAGACAAAACAGCUUCGUCACACUCAGUCUCACAGCUUACAAUAUCAAAUACUCCAAAAUUAAUCUUCCGGUAGAAUUCACAAAGAUCAAUGGCAUUACCAGAAAGCACGAGAAGAUCAUUCUGAUGGAUAAACAUGGUGUGAAGCGGUUAACGAGGUUGGUGCACGAUGGACCAAACUAUGGAAGAAGAGGAUUGGGAAAAGGAUGGAAACUUUUCUGUGAAGCUAAUGAUGUACUGAAGAUAGGCGAGCCUUUUAAGUUGAAGCUGACUUGGGAAAAUAAUACUCCUCUCCUUAGGUUUUGCUCUAAGGUCAAGGAGGAACCAAUCUAUGUCUGAAUAUUAUUAUUAGAUCAAGUCUUGUUGUUUUAUUUAUUGUCUUUGGAAGAACAGAGUAAUUAACUAAAAUCUCUAAAUUUGAUUUUUAAUGUUUA